AGAGACGGACACAUUGAACCGGAAGUUGUGCCAGCUAAAUAGCGGCAGCUGCAGCCCGCCUGUGUUAAUUUGCACCAUGUCUGUGAAACUGAACGCGCUGUGCAGCGAUUCAUACGUCGAUAUAAGCCAAUACAGAGACCAGCAUUUUAAGGGUAACCGGUAUGAACAGGAGAAGCUGCUGAAACAGAGUCACACUCUGUAUGUGGGAAACCUUUCCUUCUACACCACCGAGGAGCAGGUGUAUGAACUGUUCUCCAAAAGUGGAGAUGUCAAACGCAUCAUCAUCGGCCUCGAUAAGAUCAAGAAAACAGCCUGCGGAUUCUGCUUUGUAGAGUACUACACACGUGCAGACGCUGAACACGCCAUGCGCUUUAUAAAUGGCACUCGGCUCGAUGACCGGAUCAUCCGGACGGACUGGGACGCUGGCUUCAAGGAGGGGCGGCAGUACGGCCGCGGCAAGUCUGGAGGACAGGUGAGAGAUGAGUACAGACAAGACUACGACCCAGCCAGAGGCGGCUAUGGUAAGCUAGCUCAGCAGCAGAGGGCCCCAGAGGGACGCAAUAGUUUUUAGACUCAGCGCCACCGCAGCAGUCUGCCUGGGUGAGCAAGAGCCCCAGCCGUGGACUGGAUUAUCUCUCCAACAAUACAGCAACAACAGGCGAACACAGCUUGUCCGGCUGAGCGCUGUCACCAUCACACGCUGCAGCAGCUCUGCGUGGACCACCACACCCUGGAUGACAGCAGCUGUUAUUUAUUUCUGUUGAAGAAUUGUUUUCUUGUCUCCAUUUUUUUUUGUGCUCCUCUGACCCCAUGCCAUCGGUUUACACUGUAGCUCAGACCAAACCCAAAAAGUUGGUUUAUGAUAUUUACUGAUGUUUUCUGGCUUACAGCAUAAGCCUGCCCUUAGAAAUACCAGAAAUUGUCCCCCACAAACAUGAAAUUGCUCUGUGAGUAUGCAGUGACUAAUGUGGAUUGAUGGUAUGUCAGAUAUCAAGGAAAUGCAAAAUCUGACAAAAAUGAUCUAGCUUUGAAUCUGUCAGGUUUAAAUUCCAGUGUCUUUAAGGAAGGAAAACGGAAACACUGUUGGCUUUCCUCUCGUUUCCAGUAAUGAAACUCUUUGUAUCCCAGACUGUGUAUGCAUUGUUUUUCUAAUAAACCAUUUAUUUUUCAUUUUUUAA